ACUGCUUUAGAAUAUCUAAUAUUAGUGACUGUUUGCAGAGAUGCAUAACAUACUGUAUACUCUCAGGCUGCUGUUUAUAGUGUAAUACUGAAUUGAAAUACUGAAGUAUUUUUCAGUUGCAGAUAUGAAAUGGACUGAUCUUUGUAGGAUCAUAGUCGAUGUCUUAAUAAAGGAGGAACAGGAGUUAUACAGCCUGGACACUAUGUGGCAGUGUAUCCUGCGCUUACAGCGAUUCAUGACGUCAGCACCAGUUAUGAAACACACAGCGCACGCGCAGGUCAUGUCGGGGACUACAGUUACAGUUUAUAUAUGGCUGCUGUCAUUGGCAAGACGUUUUAUAACUUACAACAAAUUAAAAACAAGAAUGAUAUGUCUGGUUGUUAUAACAAUAACCAAUGACAUCGUGCGCUGUAACGUUAACUGACAAGGCUGACUGCUGUCAAGACUGCUGUGAUUUUAAGAUCCUGCACAUUAUGGCGCGCCAUAGCAAGCUCCAGAAACAGGUCUUAUCCCUGUAUCGGCAGUUUCUGCGUGCAGCUCAGGACAAGCCGGGCUUCAUACCGAGAAUCCGUGAUGAAUUCCAUGCCAAUGCUGCCAUCAAGAAGACUGACGUCAUGCACAUCGAAUAUCUUUAUCGGCGAGGCCAACGCCAACUCGAACUGCUUAAAGAUGUAAACACUAAACAACUUGGAUCAUUCAGCAAGUCUAAAGAGGACAGUUCAUAGCAACCUAUAUAAUCACAUACUGUAUUCAAAUAUUUUACAGAAUGUGACUUGCAAAGAACAAAAGCUCACAAAUAUAUAUUGUUUUCUGGGAAAUCACCUCCAUGGCUUCAGUUAUUUAAAUGGAAAAGACCAAUGAGACUUUCUCUCUUCUCAGGGAAACUUGAAAUUUUUAUUUAUGCACACAAUUUUUUGCUGCUAUAUGAGUAUUCCCAUUUUUUGAAGUGACUUCUAGAUGUAUUAUGUACUGUUAGGGUCAAUAUAAUGAAGUGUUUUAAAGAUAAUAUCCGUUGGCACUAUACUUCUGAAAUGAUUCAACACAAUUAUACUUGUUUAGUUUUUUUCUGCUACAUUGCCUCUGUCCUGUUGAAAUAAUAAUUGAUUGGUUCACAUUGUGGUAAAACUUUAGGAAAUAGAAAAUAUUGUGAUAUAUAAUAUUGUCCAAAUAAUAUAAAGCUUGAGACUUGUCCUAUUGCUUAAAUGGUUGUACAAUACAUUCAUGUAUUGUAAAGAUAUUAGAUAAAAUUGUAAAAGAAAAAAAUGUCAUAAUAAAACUAUAAAUCUGAAUUUAUAGUUGUACCCAAUACCAAAAUGGUUAUUUUCACCUAGAUGUACUCAUCUUCAUAUUUUUUUUUCCAAACCAAAAGAGAGGAGGACUAGAAUGUAAAAUGUUUGAAGUUUGAUGUUGAAUUUUGGUUAAUAUCAUGGUCAACUGUUUUAUACAUACGCAGAUUUUAUUAAAUCCAACCCAUCCUCUCUCAUAUUUAGAAGGAAUCUUUAUUUAGGGUUAGUUAUUAGUUAUACUUAGUAAUGUUUUUGAUGUUUUGGAAUUGUAUUCAGUUUUGUGUUAAAGGAAAAAAAAUCUUCAAGUAAAGACUUGCCCGUCCAGAAGUGGGCGCAAUUGCGAAAUGAAAUCUUUGGAAGAAGAACAAGCUGUGUAAACAGGAAGAAUUCAUGUCAGUGGUGUCACAAAAGCAAACAACGAAAUAUUAGCGUUUAGUUUAUAGUUUAUUGAUUAAUAAUAAUAAUCUCGUACAAUAGGAAUACGCAUUGAAUUUGUUCUCCAAAAGUAAAAAAAAAUAAAAGUAUGUCGGAGGCAAACGGGAUGACCGAUGCCCAGUUGAUUCAGCAGCUGGCUCUUCUGGGCUGGCUGAAGACGGACAGUGUUCAGUGUAAGGAGCUGCUCACUGCUCUCACUGGGAUGCAGGUGGCCCGUGAGCUUCUGGACAGACUCUCUGGGCAAAGCCAAAUAGAUGCUUACAGGAGGGAAUGUAUCCAGAGCAUAGCUGACUAUGUGAAGAAGAAUCCCAGGGCUUCCCAGCGAGAGCUCAAUGCCGAGGUUGAGAAGAACGUGCUGCUGUUUGCUUCUAGGGUUCAAGCACUAGAAACUGGCCACUGACCGAAAUAUCUCUCCUCCUGUUUUCAGUCUGCCUCUCUAUCUCUUUUUGUAUUUUGACAAAUGUAUCUAACUUUAUCUAUACUGUAAUAUACUGAAUAUGCUGUGUUUUUUUUUUCAUAAUCUUGUCUAAUUAUUUUUGUGGACAAAAUAUGUCAGCCUUUAUUGUUUUUCAUGAUAUAUAGUAUUGCUGAAUUUGAGUUUUUAUUUUAAUAUGAUUUCACCUAUAAUUAAAUUAUACAGACUUACCACAUAAAACUUGAGUUUUAUGUUUAAACUAUAAGAUUUUAAUCUUAUAUUUCAAACCUGAAAUAAAGGUGCUCAUAUUCAA